AAUUCGAUGAUUCGCGCUCAUUUUCUGCACCUACCGUUUUAAACUACACCCAGCACCGCCCUCACUCACUCACAUCUCCACUAUCUCUCUCAUAUCCGCCAUGGACGCAGCAACUCAAGCUUCAUCUCUCCUCGCAAAGCUAGAAAACUACGAAUUCACGGAAAUCGACACUCUUUACGCUGAUUUCUUACAACCAUUCUCUCUCCACACUUCCACCAAACCUCAAAACCCUAACAAAAAAACCUCGCGCACCAAAAAACCCUCACCUUCAUCUCCUUCUUCGUCAAUUAGGGUUCUUGCGAAAACAUAUUUAUCUUUCGUUAAUCGGUCUCUCUCUCUCCUUCCGAAACGCCUCUCUGAGUCGCCGAAACACGCGAAAACUAGUGAAUUUCUGACUCAAUUACUCGAUUGUUACAAAUUGUGUCUAGAUUGUUUGAGCGCCAUAUCUUCCGAGCUCUCAGGAAAGCCGUAUUGUGUUCAUUUGCAGAGAGGUAGGUAUGUACAUUGCUUGAUGAGGUGGGAGAGGUAUGUGGAUGCCAUUGAUGAAGGAUUUAGGGUUUUGAAGGAACUUGGAGGGGUUAAUCUUGAAGGUCGUGGCUGGAAGGUUUCGAUGGGCCAGCUCGUUCCGAGAUUGAUAGUCGGUGAUGGCGAAGAAAUUGGAGUUGAGGGUGAUAUUGUGCACUUAAUUGUGGAUUUGGCUGUUGUCAUUGCGCAGUGUGUGUCAUUGAGUAAAGUUAAAGAUGCUGGAAAAUAUUCUGGUUUGUUGAUUUUGCUGGACGAGGUUCGCCCUUGGUUCAGGCAUCUAGAAGCCAGUGCAUGCUGUAAGCUGCAAUGGAAGCUACUAGCUCACAUGAAGAACGCUGCAAUGUUUUUGGUUAGAGAAGUUACACUUUUCAGAGGAAAUUUGGUAGCGGGCUUCUUUGCAGCUAUAUUUGAUGAGUAUAUACAAUUGUUGAAUGCUCAAAAUCCUCAGGGAACAAGAACGGAAGAGCUAGAAGAAUUUGUAAAAUUUGUAUCAAAUUGUACAUACAAAUGCCGAUCAGCAUCAAAGAAUGUCCGCAACUCCAUUGCUUUGCAUCUGUACAGAUCUGCGGAUAAUUUCUGUCAGGAUUUAGUAUGCUUUGUUCCUAUUCAGAGGUUUCAUGCUUUGGGGCUGUAUUUUUUCGAGUUCUGCUUUGAACCAAACAGCUGUUUGUCUUCUGCUCCAAAGGGCUCGACAGAUACUCCAGUGGUAUUAUUGCCUGAAGGUUGGGAUAAUCUACAAGAUCUAUCUAUUUUACUGAAUUGUGGCAAGAACUAUUAUCCGUCCAACUUUGAGGUCUUUGACAAGCCACUAAGUCUUAAAUUCAGGGAUUUUGGGGAGAACGCAUCUAUAAGCUCUAGAUCUGAUUGUAAGGCUUCUAAAUCGUGCAAGUCAAUAAACAGAGAAGCAUAUCUGUUUUUUUAUCUGAAUGCAUUGAAGUUCCUGUGUUGGCCAUUUGCCGACUUUAUAACUUCAGAAAGAAAGAGGAUAGUUAUGGAAGACAUGGAGUCUCCCUUAGGAAAUGCACUGAAACUCAUCUUGGAGGCCUUCCUUGAAUACAGCUAUCUUUUUCCUUAUUGUCACCAGAAAAGAGAUUCUUGUGUUGAAAUUGACAUGGUUGUGCUCAGCAUUUCUGUGGCUUGUUUCACUCUCUCCGUAAAGCUAAAACUCAGCUCUGAGGAAAAUGCAAGCCUUGUAAACUAUCUUCUCUCUGAUAAAUGUAUUCCAUUGUUAAGGCCCCAGAUGUUGAAGUACAUCAUAGCCAUGCUUCACAACAGCUUUGUCGAAUUCUAUAGACAUGAAUGUUUGAAAGAGGCCUCAGAAGCUUUAGAAUUAUGUUGUAGAGCAUCAUGGAAUCGGUGUUUACUUCUCUCUGAGAUACUUGUGGGCAAGCAGAAGGGAUUUAGUGGAGAAAUAUCUGAAAGUAUGAUUACAGAGUCAGUGAACGAGGCAUGUAAAGUUAACUGUCUUCUUAUGGACAUUCACCAUCAAAUGGGUAGCUGUCAAAUGGAGAAGGCAACAGAGUUUGGUCUUGAAAAAUGGUGUCUUGCCAAAACUCUUUUGGGGAUGCUCCCUUGUCCUGUGACAUUGAUAAAGCAUUGGGUUAAGAUACAAUGUAAAUUGUACAAGAAUACUGAAGGUAGUGCUCCAAUUUUGGGUAAUUAUCUCCUACUCUCUUCUCGGAUGGUGAAAAGCAAUAUCUCUAUUGACAUUGUUGGGACUUUUUUAGAGCAGGAACUUCUAAUUUAUCAAGAGAUGAGCAACUUGUAUCCUGUGUUUUGUCAGAGAAUGCAAAUGCAAAUUAUUGACAUCCUCCUGCAGAAGGUGUAUCACUCUAGCCUGUGCUUGCAGAGAUCCAUUAUUUUAGUUAAGAAGGGAAUGUUAUUGAGGACCUCUGGAAUCGAAGGUCUGGAUAAUUGUAUUCAUUGUUUGUCAGAAGCAAUUGAAUCAGCUAAUGGCUCAUGUGGCUUGACCCAUGAUUUUGCUGCUAAGAUGUCUAAUCAAUUAGCUGUCGUAUAUGGUUUACGUGCUCUUUCUACUCAUGAAGCCAAUCCAACCUCAAAGGAAACAUUUAAAGAUAUCCGUAAAGCUGUAAAGCUAUGGUUGAGGACUGAUUUUCCUUGUUGCUCUUCCAGCUGCAACUGUGAUGUGGGAUGUGAGUACCUGUUGCGGCUUCUAUAUCACAUUGCUGACUUACUAUCGAUUAAGGGUGACAUGACUCUGCAUUCAGAUGUUCUGAAUGUGAUCAUUAAAGUGCUUAAACAGAUAAAUAUCUCGUUGAAGAAGUGUUUGUUAAUAUUGUGGGAGUCACGAAGAGUUAACCAUGCACUUUGUGUUGUACCUGUCAAUGAGGCAUUUGUUACGGCUCUUUCAGAGCAUUACGGUAAAGAUGCAGAGUCUUUUGACUUCUGGAUCAGUAGUAUGAAGGAUUCUCAGCCACUAUUAGUUGGGCUUCAGCAGAAUUUUUCAUAUUUAUCUUCACUCUUCCCCCUGGCUUUCUAUAAGAACAAGCAUUCUUUACAAUCCGAGAUCUCUGUUGAUGAAGUGAAAGAGAUCGCUUCGAAUCUUGUUUCAAAUGUUUCUAUAUCUCGCUGUUCAGCUUUUGUAGCUGGAUAUCUAUAUCAUGAUUUGAGUGAAAGACUUUAUACUGGUGGAAGAACUAUUGAGGCGUUGUUUUGUGCGAAAGAAGCUCAUCGGCUGCGUGGCAAGUUGUUGCAGGAGCAUUUCUCUUACUCAAUUCAGCAGCAUGGUGAAAAUCAUGAAGAAGUUGGGGACACAAUAAGGAAACCAUCAGCUUGUGUUAGUCAGUUCACGGUGUUAAAUCACGUAGCUAUUAGAGCUUGGCCCACUCCUGCUAUCCCACAGGAUUCAGAUGCAAUAUCUCUUACACCAUGGAAUGUGCUCCGCUGUUAUCUUGAGAGCACACUGCAGGUUGGUCUUAUCCAUGAGAGACUUGGAAAUGUAGCUGAUGCAGAAGCUCAGUUUGUAUUAGGCAAGAGUAUCUCCUGCUCGCAGAGCUUACCCCAAUUCAUUGUCAGUUUCUCCUCUUGUUUAGGCAAAAUAUACCACGGAAGUAGCCUCUUUGAUUUAGCACACAAAGAAUUAGAGACUUCAGAGCAAGUUUUGGCUGUUGAUAGGAACUUUCUGACUUGCUCAAGGUGUUCACUCAUGUUGGAAAGUAGUAUCAAUGAACAACUUGGUAACUUGUACAGAAAGGGUGUCUAUCGUGCCUCAGGAAAUCCGUAUGAGUCAUCUCUUUUAAGUCUGAUGUCAUUUGAGAAGGGUGAUCUUGCUGUCUGGCUUCAGGGAGCUAGUUUAGCACAAUCCAUGCAUGGAAAUGACGUUGCUAUAGAUGCUGAAUCUGGUGAUAGGAUCGACCAAGAGUGCUCUGCAGCUAUAUCAAAGCCUGCAAAGACAAAGGCUGGAGCAGAAGCUAAAAGGUCCAGGAAGACGAAGAAGGAAAUAGAAUCUCUGGUAACUGUCAAGUCCUGUGCAGCUGAACAAUCUAUAAGGGUAACUCGUUCUAGAAAGCUGCCUGCUCACGAUACGGCUACGUUUGUCGAAGGGGUAAAGAAGGUUACUAAUAGCUACUGCAAUGGCCGACAGGAGACUAAAGCAAUGACUGUUUCUAACAGAAUAACUUGCCAGAAAUGUUUGCCAAGUGAAGUCAACUCUGGCUCACUCACUUAUCUUGUUCAAAUGAAGUGGGAAAUUGCCCGCAGGCGACAAGUACUGAGACUACUCAUUGGCUUAGGGAAAUGUCAGGGAGCUUUGGAUGAAAUUCAUAGAUUGCACACUAUAUACUCUAAAUGCUUAUCUAUAUUGCUGGGGGGAAAUGCUUGUCACUGUUCAAGUUCUACCAUACCUGAGCUCGAUUCUGUUAGCAAGGAAAUUCCUGGGGAUAUCUUGGUAGGCGAACGUGCGGAAGUGUUGUACAAUCUUAGCUGGCUUUCAUUGAAAGCUUUGUAUUCCAAGGAGAUCAGGAGCUCUUGCUGUGGUUUGUGCAGCAUCCAAAUGUCCCAUAUAGUUUCCUUCCUAAAAUUAUCUUUCGUGCUGAGUCGUGAGGUCCCUUUGCUGUUUCAGAAGGUGUCUAGGCUGCUUGCUUUAAUUUAUGUGGUUUCUGCUUCGAGAAAGAAUAUGUCCUCUCCUAUUUCUUCUUGCAAAGUGCUUUCGGAAAAUCAUUGGGCUGCAUAUUUCCAUCAAGCCUCAGUUGGCACUCAUCACAAUUUGCAGCUCCUUUCAGCUAGUUCUGUGAAGCAUAGAUCUGAGAUUGUGUCUGAAAACAAGGGUGAUGAAGCUGCUGCUCGAACUAGCUUGAUAACAGAUAAAUGCACAUUGCUUAGGACUCUUCCUGAAUCAAUGAUGGAGAUAGAAUCAUAUGUUGCAAAGUUUUUUGAGAACCUUCCCAGUACUACAAUUGUCUGUAUGAGCUUACUGGGGGUCUCUUACGCUGGCCUUUUGGACGAACUGGUGCAUUAUCCCUCUGAUGUUUAUGGUUGGAUACUGCUGUCUCAUCUAAAUGCUGACUCUCAGCCUGCUGUAUUACUGUUGCCUCUUAGUACAGUUCUUCAAGAUGAAGAAACAAGUACUAGCGAAACCAGUACUAGCUGCUCAAUCUUUGGUGAGAAGAAUGUACAGAAGGAAUGGUGCUCGCCUUGGAGCUGCAAUACUCUGGUUGAUGAUGUAGCUCCAUUAUUCAAAUUGAUUUUGCGAGGAAAUUACUUAUCUUGCUCAAGCUUUCCGGAAGAACACACUGAAAGAAGUCGUGAAUUAUGGUGGACUUGGAGAGAUAAUCUUGAUAAACGCCUGCAUAAAUUGUUGUGGGACGUUGAAGAAACAUGGUUUGGUCAGUGGAAAUACUUGCUUCUGGGCCGAUGGUUGGAUACUGAGCCUCUUGAUGGCGCCGUGAAGGAGUUCAUGCAUGAAAUAAGAAAAGAUGGUUGCAAACUGGAUAUAAAUGAAAGUAUUUUGAAGGUAGUUAUGGGAGGCAUAAAGUCUACUAAUAUGGAAAACGUGAAAAUUCCAAAGCUGUUUCUUGAGAAAGGCUGUUACAUUGGCGGCGUCGUAGAUUGUGAUCAAGGAAGAUGUAAUUCACUGGAUAAAGCGUAUGAUGGAGUUGAUUAUGUAUCAGAUUCACUCGUUGCUGCAGUUAACAAGGUUGAGCUAGAAUACUGCAUCCGUCGAGAGCCUGUUAUUCUUGUUCUAGACAGUGAUGUUCAGAUGCUACCUUGGGAGAACAUGCCUUUCAUGAGGGAACAAGAGGUGUAUCGCAUGCCUUCUGUUGCAAGUAUCUUCAUGGCUCUGCAAAGGAGGUCUAUCCUAGAGGAAGCUGGCAGGCUUGACACCAGAUUUCCAUUGAUUGAUCCACUGGAUGCGUUUUAUUUACUGAAUCCCAGUGGUGAUCUAAGUCGUACGCAAGCUGAAUUUGAGGAGUGGUUUAGACAUCAGAACAUGCAGGGUAAGGCUGGAGUUGUUCCAUCAACUGAAGAGCUGAGUGCAGCUUUGGAAAACCGUGACCUCUUCCUAUAUUUUGGCCAUGGAAGUGGGGCACAAUAUAUGCCCAGAGACAAGAUCCAAAAACUAGAGAGUUGUGCUGCUAUGCUACUUAUGGGAUGUAGCAGUGGAUCUCUAAACUUAAAUGGGCGCUAUGCUCCAGUUGGUACUUCUCUCUCCUAUAUGUUAGCUGGUGCUCCGAUCGUGGUGGCCAACCUAUGGGAGGUAACAGACUUGGACAUCGAUCGUUUUGCCAAAGCUGUGCUUAAAUCUUUUCUGGAAGAAAGAUCAAUGUCUUCCGCAGGCUGCAUUCAAUGCAGUUUAUUAGCCGAAGAAUUAAAGUCCAUGAGUGUGAUUCAAAGUAAAGGAAACACUAGGAAAGGCCGAGGGAAGAAGAAAACAGUUGAUUCUAUGCCAGAUGUUUCAGGUGAAUAUUGUUUCAGACAUAAGUUAAGGGCUGGAUAUUUUGUCAGUAAAGCCCGAAAAGCAUGUAAACUACCCUUUUUGAUUGGGGCUGCACCUGUUUGUUAUGGUGUACCUACAGGUAUUAGGAAAAAGAAAGAUACUACCAUUUAGUCCUCAGCAUCUUGUUACUCCCCUUCAACAAGGGUGUAACUUUUUUUUGUACAACUUAUUUAGUGUAACACAUUAGAAUCCCUAAGAUAUAGGAUUAUUACAUAUUCUCGUUAAAAAAACGAGAAAAAAGUUGUACAUAAACUACACUAUCAUAAAGAUCACAUGUCCCAAAAUUUUAUUAUUAAUUCUUUUUCCCA